AUGCGUCCACCAACUACUGAUCCAGCUUUGAAAGAUAUCGCCAAUAAACUUGGUUUGACUGUUUGGAGAAUUAAUGUGAGUCAGAAUAAUAGGAUUUUGCAGAGAUCCACUUUUUUCUGACUGAUUUUUAAAUGGGUUUGAGCCCGUUUCAGAAAAUAAAUCCAUCCUAUUUUUUUUUUCAAAUUGAUAUCUGCAGAAGUUCGAGUUGGAACUUGUGCCAGAACUCGAAUAUGGAAUCUUUUACAACGGAGACGCUUACAUUGCUUUGAAUGUAGGUUUUUCCUUCGCUCGGAAAAUCUAAACGACUCGUUUUACAGCAAAAAUAUGAGGGAUAUUGGGACGUUCAUUUUUGGUUAGGCAAAAAUGCAUCAACUGAUGAAAUUGGUGUUGCUGCCAUCAAGACAGUUGAAAUUGAUGAUGUAAGUUGAAUAUCGGAUCCAAAAAAUACACACCCAAAAACAAUUCAGAGCCUUGGAGGUAUCCCAGUUCAACAUCGGGAAGUUCAAGAUCACGAAUCUCCAUUGUUCCUUUCAUAUUUUUCGGAAGGUGUUAGAUAUGUUAGUGGUGGCUAUGAAUCUGGAUAUAAUCAUGUGACUGAAGAUUUCAAAAAUUUCAAGCCUCGACUUUUCCAUUGCAAAGGAAAACGAAAUGUUCGAUGCACUGAAGUUCAAUGCGAUACAUCAGCAUUGAAUUUGGGUGAUGUAUUUAUUCUCGAUUUGGGAAAAGAUAUUUAUGUUUGGAUGCCACCAGAGAGUGGAAGAUUGGAAAGAAUCAAAGGAAUGUCACGCGCAAAGAAUAUUGCGCAUCAUGAGAGACAAGGUGCAUCAAGUGUUCAUAUUCUUGAUGCCGAUGGUUGGAAUUCGGAUCCAAUUUUUUGGAGUUAUUUUGGAGGUCCAAUUGCCGUCAAAUACAUUCAAAAAGCAAAAGAUGACGAUGAAAAUUAUUGGAAACGUUUGAGCGAACAAAUUACUCUUUGGAAAGUCUCCGAUGCCACUGGUGACUUGAAAGUUUCACUUGUAUCGCAAGGUGAAGAUAUCAAGAAAAGUCAAUUGGACUCAAAUGCAAGUUUUAGUUAACAGUUUCACCAGAUUCUUUUUAUUGAGCAAAUUAUAGGAUGCUUUCAUUUUGGAUGCUUUGAACGGUGGAAUCUUUGUAUGGAUCGGCAAAAAUUGUACACUUGACGAGAGAUCAAAGGCAUUGAUUUGGGGUCAAAAUUAUUUGAAACAACAUGUUCGUUUUUUGCACUAUGUCAUAUCUCUUCCCACGUUGUUUUUUUUAACCAUCAAUCAUGAUUUUUCUAGCAUCUUCCAAGUUGGACUCAAGUGACACGUGUCCUCGACACUACUGAAAACACUCAAUUCACCCAAUGGUUCCAUGAUUGGGUUGAUGAUAAGAAGAAGAAUACAUUCGAUCCAUUACUUUUCCAAGUUUCUGAUGAAAGUGGUCUUCUUCGCGUCGAAGAGAUCGCAAAUUUCACACAAGAAGAUUUGGAUGGUGAUGAUGUUAUGAUUCUCGAUGCAUUGAAUUCGAUUUAUGUUUGGGUUGGCGCAAAUGCGAAUCCGAAUGAGAAAAAAGAGGCGUUGAAUACAGCGAAAAGUUAUUUGGAGAAAGAUAAAUUGCCAAGACAUCAAAAAACGACAAUUGAGACAAUUUAUCAAGGACAAGAAGGACCAACAUUCAAAAAGUUCUUCCCAUCGUGGGAUGAUAAACUUUUCAAGAAUGAAGUUCGUACUGUCGAAAACAUGCGUCGCUUGCUUUUUAAUUAA